AUGCAAAAGCGAUCUAUUCGCUACUCCAAUACCCGAUUAACCCCAGUUCUUAUUGGAGAGUACCGACCUGGACCUGACGACAUUGCCAUUCAUCUCGGCCCCGCUUCUAGAGCUUUGGUACGGUGGUUCAGUGCUAUUCUGGCACCAGGUCUAGGAUGGAAUAGCAGAGGCCCUCUUCCGCCAUGGGCCGCACAAUACCAUCCCGAAACUCGGUUUGUCAUCACUGUGGACGCGCCAUUCGUUUUUCUGGAUCAUGAGGUACCUCCCUCGUCGGACAGUGCCGCAAAUAUUCUGAUUGAGUUUUGUACUUUGUUUGACUUUCAGCCUCCUGUGGAUGGGCUCCCCACUUCUUUCGCAUUCCAACAAGUCACAGUAGCCUUCCUAGCUGCUCUGACACUGCCGUUCUACAGCAAUUUGGAUCUGAAACCACAGCUACCGCUGCCAAAUAUUACCAUCAACCACAGAACGAGCUCAACAGCCCCUCACUUCAUUCGAGAUUAUGUCAAAGAUCUUCCAUAUUACAUGACUCUGAGCAUACAUCCAGGAUCUGUAGGAUCUGCACUCUGGAGCAUAUUCUGGGAACCAGGGUUAGCUUGCAAUCUCGUCAGUGCUUGGUUCGGUGCAAUACUGGAAGUUUUGCGGCCUACUAUCGAGACAGCAGAUAUGGAGAGGCUCGCCAAGAUAUUCAUCACCCGUCGAAUGCGACCAGCUCUCCUGUGGCUUGGUGUUUUGGUGAUGGGUAACACUGCGAUAUUAGAUUUGAUAGUUUCUUACCUUGAAACUCAUCAAGAGCGGGCGAAUUUUGGUUCUUGGUCGGGGCCUGAUGUAGAUGUUGCUGCCUGGACUGGUUCAAAGCAGUCUUUUUUGGACGAAGAUCCAUUGGGAUCAUAUGAGAAACUCUCUGCAAAAGUCCCACGAUCCGACCUCCUUCGCCAUCGCUUCAACUUUCGAUUUGGCGGCCUCGAUAUGCCACGUUUUGGAUGGGAACCUGUCGGCCACGUGUUCAAACAAGACAUUGAACCUGAGCUAUGGCCACAAUUGGAGACUGGGCGUUCGCGAGAGUACAAGCACUGGAUCUGGUGGCUCCCAGUACAAGGAGGAAGAGAACUGCAAAAGGUCACCAAACCGUCUAUUGAGAAGGGCUUCCUUUGCGACAAUCCCCAACGUAGGCGAAGCUUCCAUGACGAGAGAAAUCAUGAGAGUGGAAGUAUAGCGAUUCCAUGUGGGUUCACUUGCAAAUUCAAGCUCACGCUUUCAAAAAUAGCAACGUUUCAUGUAGUCUCAUUUGGAUCAAAGGAGGCUUCUGGGGACAGGAGUCUUGGAGCCAUGGUGAUCCCAAAUGUCAGAAUUCAUCCCUGGAUGGUAGGUUCUCGAGGAAUUUAA